GAUAUUUAUUUAAAAAUUUAUAGAUAAAUAUCAUUGCAGUAUUUACCUACUUAAUAUAAAUUAAUUUUAAAAUCAUUUUAAAAAUGGGUAGUCUUGAUGAUAAGCUCUUGGGUGAAAAAAUUCACAACUAUUGUAGCAGCAGUGAAGACGAGGCAGAUGAUAACAAUUUGUCAAGUGAACCACCACAACCAAAUUCAAUGCACUGGUCUGGACAAGCGACCAAUACAGGCCCAAAAGGUGUAAUUAAAGAUUGGCAACGUUUUAAACAAUUGGAAACUGAAAAACGUGAGGAGGCCGAAAGGGAACGCUUAGAGCUUAUUAAAAAGUUAAGCAUAACAUCGAAGACAAACGAAGAAGACAAAGAAGCUGAGAAGCAGGAAUUGUUUGAUGCCGAGCUAGAAGAACUUAUGAAUGAUGAAUUUCUUUUGGAAUAUCAACGGCAACGAAUGAAAGAGAUGUUGGAACAAUGUGGUAAACUACCAAAAUUUGGUAUGUUGCAACAUCUGGAAAAAGGAGAACAGCUUCUAGAUUCCAUAGAUAAUGAAAUAAAAUCAGUUACUAUAAUUCUUCAUAUAUAUGAUGAGCGUUUAAGCAGUUGUAAGAUACUAAAUAAGUGUCUUCAGGCAUUGGCAAAAGAAUACGAUCACAUAAAAUUUUGUAAGAUUCAGAGUAAUUCGGCCGGAAUGAGUUUGAAAUUUAAACAACAUGGACUCCCAGCAUUACUCGUUUAUAAAAAUGGACAAAUUAUUGGAAAUUUUAUAAGAAUCUCAGAUGAAUUGGGUGAAGACUUUUGUUCUUCGGAUGUUGAAAGUUUUCUAGCAGAGCAUUCUUUGCUACCGGAUAAAUCAUGUAUUCCAGUUUUGUCACAAAACUUAAAUAAUAUAGAGGAUGAUUAAAAUUAUUUAUUAAAUUAUUUAAUAUCAAUUAUUAAGUAAACUGCUUAAAAAUAUAAUAUCAUCAAUCGUACCAAAAUUUUUAUAUUUAAACAUUAGGUAUCCCAACUAACAGUAAUUUUUUAAGUUGUUUUUUUUUUAUUUAUUAUUUUUUUUUUAAAUAAAUCACGUAUUGUAAUAUGUAUU